UUGUUUCUGCGGCAGGUCGUGGGCGGAGCUUAGGGAGCCGGCGGGCGGAGCUUAGGGAGCCGGCGGGCGGACGGACGGAGCUCAGCCCGAACGUUUCUCUCGCUCGUCAGUCUGUCACGAACCUACGCACGGAGAGGGUGUGCCGCGUGCGGUCCUGAAGCAGCAUCACACGCUCCCUUUUUUUAAAGCUCUCCUUUUUUUUUCCUCCUCUCCCCCCUCCCCCCUUCCCCCUCUCCACUGUUGACUCCUGCGGUUCUCCUCGACGUACCCCCAACAUCGCCUACGAUACGCAGGAUACAAGAAAUACAAUACGUGGUGUAUUGUUGUAUCGAAAAAGCAUUCCACGACGCAGGUUCUACACUAACACACAGCCAUGCGGUGGCUCUCACAUCCCGUGGCCAUCGCACUGGCCGGGAUCGUCUUGUCGCAGUGUUUCAUUGAGACCUCGGCCAACGCCGUGUUCGAACUCCGCCUGAAGAAGUUCUCGAACCGCUUCGGCAAGGACACCGAAGGACAUUGUUGCAGCGGCUAUCGGAACUCGCAAGGACACUGCACGGGUACUUGCAAGACGAAAUUUCGCGUGUGCCUCAAGGUUUACCAAGAAGUUAUAGACCCGGAAUCGCCAUGCACUUUCGGUGAGGCUGAGACUCCGGUCUUGGGCGACAACGAAGUGGAUUUCUCCAAAGUGGAUUUGCAGGGUUUCCGCAAUCCGGUGCCCUUUGAGCUCGCUUCGUGGCAGGGAACAUUUUCGCUCAUCAUAGAAGCAUGGCAUGAAGAACCCAACACAACUGCUACUUAUGUUGAACCGGCCCUGAUCACCCGCCUGAUGAUCCAGCGGUGGCUCGACCUCGGGGAAGAGUGGACGGGCGACGACCACCGCACCUCGCACUCGUCGCUCUCCUACGAGUUCCGAGUGACCUGCCAGGAGAACUACUACGGCGAGGGCUGCCGGAAGUGGUGCAAGCCGAGGAACGACUCCUUCGGCCGCUACGUGUGCGACGACCAGGGCGAGUACGUGUGCCUCGACGGGUGGCAGGGACCCGAUAACUACUGUCUCAAACCCAUCUGUAGCCCCGGUUGCCACGAGUCCACCGGGUACUGCGACCAGCCCAACGAGUGCAAGUGCCACAGCGGGUGGAAGGGCCCGAACUGCGACCAGUGCCAGGUGUACCCCGGCUGCCUCCACGGCACCUGCGAGAAGCAGUGGCAGUGCAACUGCAUCGAGGGCUGGGGCGGCCUCUUCUGCAACCAGGACCUCAACUUCUGCACCAACCACCGCCCGUGCAAGAACGGCGCCACCUGCUUCAACACGGCCCCGGGCUCGUACUCGUGCGAGUGCCCGCCGGGCUUCUCGGGCACCAUCUGCGAGAUCAUCAACGACACGUGCGCCAACACGCCGUGCCGCAACGGGGGCACGUGCCUGGACGCGGGCGACGACCAGUUCGUGUGCCAGUGCCCCUCGGGCUUCACCGGCCAGUACUGCGAGAUCUCCGGGCAGUCGUGCUCCGACCGGCCGUGCCUCAACGGUGCCUCCUGCUCCGACACAGCCACCGGCUACGAGUGCCACUGCCGCGCCGGCUACGAGGGCACCAGCUGCGAGCGCCCCGUCAACGAGUGCGCGUCGGACCCCUGUCUCAACGGCGGCUCGUGCGUGGACGAGCACGACGGCUUCCAGUGCGUGUGCCCCGUCGGCUACACGGGCGACCGCUGCCAGACCAACGUGGACGACUGCGCGCACCGGCCGUGCCUCAACGGCGGCACGUGCAUCGACGGCCUCGACUCGUUCACGUGCCGCUGCAUCCCCGGCUUCCUGGGCACGCUGUGCCAGACCAACGUGGACGACUGCCGCACGCAGCCCUGCGCCAACGGCGGCACCUGCGUGGACGGCGUCAACGACUUCUCAUGCGAGUGUCGGCCCGGCUGGGGCGGCCGUCAGUGCACGACGCGUGUGCCCGUGCCCGUGUCGCCGUGUGCGUCGGCGCCGUGCCACAACGGCGGCUACUGCGUGGAGGCGCCCGAGCUGGCCGUGGGCUUCCAGUGCACGCCCCCUGGCGGCGGCCCCUUCUGCACGGUGGUGACCAAGCCGGCGCCGCAGGUGGACGUGGACGCGUCACCCAUGUCGGCGGCGCAGGUGGUGCUGGUGGUGACCUUCAGCGUGGCCGUGCCCGUGCUGGCCGUGGUGUCGGCGCUGGCCAUCGUGUGCAUGAAGCGGCGCAGGAGGCGCGAGCGCGCGCGCCAGGACGAGGAGGCGCGGCGCCAGAACGAGCAGAACAUGGUGCACAACGCCGUCAACGCCGCCAACAACAAGUGCCUGGAGGACCACAUGAUCAUCAACUCGCUCGACUACCCGGCCAAGCCGCUCAACACGCAGCACCACGCGCUGCCGCACCUGCAGGGCGGCCACCACCUGCACCUGCACGAGCCCGACGCCAAGAAGGCCGUCGAGAACACGUACAGCAUCGUGCCGGCGAGGAGCACCAAGACCAUCAACACCGACGUGUCGCGCCUCUCGCUCGCCGACUGCCUCGAGAAGGGCCUCGACGCUCCCGCCCACGCCCCUGCCUGCCGCGGGACGCCCACCUCGGAGCUCAACGCGCCCUGCAAGGUGCUCCCCGAACCCCUCCCGCGAGUCCACAGCCACAGCGAUGUGUACAGCAAGCGCAACAGCCUCAUCGGCAGCGGAGGCGGCGGAGGCGGAGGCGGAGUGGGCAGCGGUGGAGGCGGCAGCUGCGACAUCCACACCUCCACCAACACGUUAACCUCCACCUGUACGCCUUCCACCUGUACCACGCCGUCAAGUGUGUUCGUUAUAGAGGAACAUUAUGAUGAUGAGAAUUACAUUGCCACGGAGGUUUAGUGAUUCGUUCAAAUAAUUACGUUUUUUUCUUCGAACUCUACGAUGCCUGUAGAAAAGAGAAGAACGAAAAAAGUGAAAGUGAAGAGAAGAGGAUGAUUUAAGAGAGAGAAAAUAAUUGACUCUGUGCGAUUCUUCUU